CGGAGCAGGCGGCGGCGGCGGAGUAGUGGCCGGGCGCCCCUUUCCCCUCCUCGCCCGGUUCCUACGAGCCCGCUGUCUCUGCCUCCGCUCCCCCCGCCCCGAGGCCUCCGGGCCCUUCCCCGGGGGUGGGGGAACCUCCUGGCUGAGGACCGCCCACUCCCCGUCUCGCUUCCCCUCUCCGGCGCGGCAUCCCCCCUCCCUUCCCCGGCCCCGGUGGGGACUAUGCGGAGAUGGUCGUCCCGACCCGAAGCAGGAACAAAGAGUCGCCGCCGCUCAAGCCCGGGCAACAGCAGCACCAGUCGCCCGGCGCCAGCCCCGGGAGCGGCCGCGGGCGCCCGCCGCACUCCCCCGGCAGGCAGGUCCCCGCCGGCGGGGCCCGCGCCAUGCGGAAGGGAGGCGGCGGCGGCCGGCGGGGAGCCCGGAGCGACCCCCAGAGACCCUGCAGGGAGGGGCCCGCGGCUGAGGGGGAGCGGGACGUGCUGGGCCGCGGGCCCCUGAGGCUCCUGCGCGUCUGCAGAGACCGACUGCGAGUAUUUGUUGAUGACAGAAAGGCCUUCAUCGUAAAAGCUGAUAGCAAGAUAUGGCUCACUUUCCUUAUGGCUGCUUUUGCAGGAGUCCUACAUUGGUGUCACAUAACAACUCUUUUUGAAAAUGACCGUCAUUUUUCUCACCUGUCAACGCUAGAAAGAGAAAUGGCUUUUCGCACGGAAAUGGGUCUUUAUUAUUCCUACUUCAAGAUCAUUAUUGAGGCACCAUCGUUUUGGAAUGGAGUAUGGGCAAUUAUGAAUGACAGAAUAACUGAAUAUCCUUUAGUGAUUAACACCUUACAAAGGUUCAAUCUUUACCCAGAGGUGGUCCUCGCCAGCUGGUACCGCAUAUACACUGCCUUUAUGGAUUUCUUUGGUCUACCAACAAAGACAUGUUGGACUGUAAACAGAGGAAAAGGGCUUAGUCCUGUUGAAAGCUGCGAGGGGCUGGGAGACCCUGCUUCCUUUUAUGUUGCCGUGAUUUUUCUUUUGAAUGGAUUAAUGAUGUCACUGUUCUUCAUAUAUGGUACAUACCUCAGUGGGAGCCGUCUAGGAGGCCUUGUUACCGUGAUGUGUUUCUUUUUCAACCAUGGAGAGUGCACUCGCGUCAUGUGGACUCCACCUCUUCGUGAAAGUUUCUCAUACCCAUUCCUUGUGCUUCAGAUGUUGCUUUUGACCUAUAUUCUCAGGAUUCCGAAUAUUAAUACAGGAAGCUUGAUUGCACUGUGUGUUUCUAAUAUCUUUUUCAUGCUUCCCUGGCAGUUUGCUCAAUUUGUUCUUCUAACACAGAUAGCUUCAUUAUUUGCUGUGUGUAUUAUGGGUUAUAUUGACUCCUGCAAAUUACAGAAGAUACUCUCUGCUCAUAUGGUAUCUCUUGUAGUGUGUUUUAUUCUGAUGUUUGGUAAUUCAAUGUUGUUGACAUCAUAUUAUGCUGCAUCUCUAGUAGUUAUCUGGGGAAUUCUUGAAUUGAGUCCAAAAGUCUUGAAAAGCAGCAGAAGAGAAGUCUGUCUGUGGGUCAUUGAAGGAUGUGCCUGGUUAUUUGGGACAGUCACCUUGAAAUACCUGACUUCUUUAGCAUUUGGAAUAGCUGAUGAUGCUCAUAUAGGAAAUAUAUUAAAAUCUAAAUUUAUUGGCUACAAGGAUUUUGAUACAUUAAUGUAUACCUGUGCUGCAGAGUUUGACUUCAUGGAAAAAGAGACUCCAGUAAGAUACACAAAGACUCUUCUAUUACCAGUUGUUCUGGUGGUUUUUGGGGUAAUCAUCAAAAGGGCGAUUAAAUAUCUUAUGUGGGCGUUAACUCAGGCAGGCCAAUAUGAAAGAGAGGAACGUUUUAACCAUGGUGAGCUGGUAUACCAUGCAUUGCAGCUAUUGGCAUACAGUGUCCUAGCAAUUUUAAUCAUGAGACUAAAACUGUUUUUGACACCACAUCUAUGUGUUAUGGCUUCCUUGGUGUGUUCAAAACAGUUGUUUGGAUGGCUCUUCUGUAAAAUCCAGCCCAAAACAUUGGUCUUUGCUAUUUUAGCAUUGAUGGCAAUAGAAGGAUCAGCAAACCUUCAAACGCAGUGGAACAUCAUGGGAGAAUUUAGCAAUUUGCCACAGGAGGAACUUUUAGAGUGGAUAAAAGUCAAUACCAGACAAGAUGCAGUUUUUGCAGGAGCAAUGCCUACAAUGGCAAGUGUUAAAUUGUCUACGCUUCGUCCUAUUGUAAAUCAUCCUCACUAUGAAGAUGCAGGAUUAAGGGCCAGAACUAAAAUAGUGUAUUCCAUGUACAGUCGAAAACCUGCAAAAGAAGUAAAAAGAGAAUUAAUAAAACUAGGAGUGAAUUACUACAUUCUGGAAGAGUCAUUGUGUGUAAGCAGAAAAAAGCCUGGUUGCAGUAUGCCUGAAAUUUGGGAUGUCGAAGAUCCUGCUAAUAGCGGCAAAAUUCCUUUAUGUACCCUUAUGAGCAAGGAUUCCAGGCCGUAUUUCAUCACAGUAUUUGAAAAUAGCAAUUACAGAGUCUUGAGGAUUCCAAAGGAAUAACAUUUCAAUGCAAAGAAACAUCAGUCUUUCAACUUUUUAAACUAGUAACUAUAAGAAUUCUAAAUCAGAAAUACCUUUUCUACCAGACUUAAAAUGGAAAAAUGUGUAUUUUAUUUUUUACCAUUUUAAGUGAAUUCUGAUUAUAGAAAUAUCUUAAACCUAACAGUUUGGAUUUCUAUUUCAGGGUCAGUCCCUUGAGAUUUGCUAUGCAAAUGAUUAUAUGUUUGCACAUUUUAUUUAACAUUGAUCCAAAAAGAGUUAAAAGUAGCUAUGGGAAGUAACUCCAUUCUCAAAAUCAAUGAUAUUGUGAAAUGGGACUGUCAGAAUGUUUUAGCAAAGCAAGUUUGUUUAAAGCCUUGGUGCUAGCAGCUAGGAACACAGGAAUGGUGCUAUAGCAUCUGGCAUCGCAUUUCUCAUGUCGCUUUCAUUACCCAUCUCCCUUCUGGACAAGGUCGUACUAGAAAUUCUCUUAAAAGUCACAUAGUUUCACUAGUCAUAUCGGAGAGAAAUACAAUUUUUUCUUUGAGAGGAUUAAGAACAUUUGUCAUUUUGAAUCACUUAACACAUGCUUUUUAAGCUUGCUUUUGAAAUGGAAAAGUCUGUAGGCAAACUUGAAACUUCAUUAUUUAGGUGCAUGUUCUUGGAAUCUUAUUGAUAUUAAAAAAGAAGACUAAUAAAGGUAAUAUUUGCAGUGAGCAAUAGUUUAGCUUCUCAGUGUCCAAGGAUUUUUAGCAUUCUUAUGCAUUCAGAAUAAGCUCGCAUAAUAUACAUGAAAUUUUUAAAGGAAAAUGCUUUAUUCAGGAAAAAUCUGUCAUAGCCUUAGAAAGAUACUAAAAUAAAUCCUUCACUGCCUUAACUAGAUCUUCAGCGCCUAACUUGAUAAGAAAUUACUUUCAAAAUUUAUGCCCUCUUUUCUUUCCCCAUGUAUUAGAUCCUGCCUGGAUUUUUAUCAUCAGCAUUAAAGAAAAAUGAAAUUUAACCCAGUUGUCAUAGGGGUAGAGUCAGUUGUGUGGGUAUAAUUGCUCCAACGAUGUUAGUCUGGUUCAGCAGUUUUUCUGUCAUCUUGGUGUCACACCAAUAUUGUAGGUAAUAAAGAAUUUAGAGAAUUCACUUUCCAAGAUACCCAGUGCAAGGACACCCUUUAGUCGUUUAACUGACUUGAUAGAGUUUUUGUAUGUUUAUUGCCAUUGGCAAGUAUCACAGUAAUUGUGAUUCUACAGUAUAAGACUUCUAGAGUCUAAUAUUUCUCUGUAUAUCAUUCAUGUUCUGGGUUUGUUUUGGGUUUGUUUGGUUUUUGUUUUGUUCAAACAUCAGUCUAUUGAUGAGACUGGUCUUUUUAGCCCUAGUAGCAUCUAGCAAUAUUAGAUGCUAUAGGAAUAGCAUCCAUCAUGCCUGUAACAGUAUCAAUUAAAUGGGAAUCUAUGAAAAAGUAGUAGUGUGACAACUGAUGAGUAUUCUGAGACUUCUUAUUUUUUUAAAAUCUGUUUUAUUGAGAGGGUGAGGGAGAAUGGCUGAAAAUGCAUUAGCUUUUUAACUUUUACAGAAUAGAUUUUGGAAAAAAUUUCUAUAAGGAAACUAUCACAAAAAGGGCUUUUGGGAAGUCACUUUUUAAAACGUUAAUUGAAUUCAAGGAAGCGGGGAAAAAAAUCUUUAUAUAUAAACAUUGUGACUAGUGUUACAGCACAAAAAGGUACUGUAUUUUUAUGAAGUUUAUGCCAACUGUUGACAUGUACUUAUGUGGUUAAAUAAAAAAGAA